CCUCUUUUAGAGAAGCCUAGCCCAUUGCGGGGGACGCUCGUAGCCUACAGUAACAAUUCCACAGUCUUCCGCAGGAGCGGCUGAAUCCCAUCAUCGUUGGGCUGUGGACUAGGCUAAUGAUGAGCCUUCAUUGAAUUGGCAGUAACAAUAUCGUUUUGAUACGUUUGCAAUUAAUAUAUAGGCCUACCAAGAACGCAUUCUAAUGUCUUGACUGAUUGAUUCAGUUAUUGAUACCCGUGUCUCAUUUUCGACUGCCUAUGCUAUACUAGCAGAUUCUGACGCUGGACUUCCUAGUAGCCGCUCAUCUCUGCCGCAGACCUUCCGUUCCAGUCUGCUGAUAGCCCACAAGAUUAUUCGCACUUCAGAGCUUGGACACGCUGUUAGGCUUUUAACGAAAAUCGGUUUAACAGACACAUUGUUGAAAAGAAAACGUCUAUACGUGUUUUUGCCGCCUAUAUAAUGCCGAGACAUUUACGAUUCCGAAGAAGGUCAUUCCUUGGGCUUAUUUUCCUUUUUUCACUGUCCACCUCCGCAUUGUACUUCAUCUAUUCAGCGCCCGGUAUCGUGAACGAGUACCUGUUCAUGGUCCAGGCCAGGGGGAUCCAGAUCCGUGAGAAUGUGAAGAACAUCGGUGCCCAGGUUCUAGAGCAGGUGGUGAGAGGAGCGUACAGUGCCAACAGCACAGACUAUACGUAUGACUUCAACCCAGUUGAGAGUGACGAUCCAGCCACCUCGUUCCUCCCUGUGGGCUUCACGUACCUAUCUUCCCAGGUCUGCCCCGAGAAAUUGCCCACCAUGAACGGCAGGUUGCAGGUUAAUAUGAGUGAGGUGUCUCUGGAGGAGGUGGAGCGCGUGCUGUUGGCAGCAGAGCCAAGCUUGUCCCCAGGAGGCUACUGGAAGCCACAGGACUGUGUUCCCCGCUGGAAGGUGGCGAUCCUGGUCCCUUUCAGGAACCGUCAUGAGCACCUGCCUAUCCUCCUCAACCACCUGGUGCCAGUACUGCAGAGUCAGAGGCUGCAGUUUGCAUUCUAUGUCAUAGAGCAGACAGGGACAGAGCCGUUUAACAGGGCCAUGCUGUUCAAUGUGGGCUUCAAGGAAGCCAUGAAAGACAUGGACUGGGACUGCCUCGUGUUCCACGAUGUCGACCACCUCAUGGAGAACGACAGGAACUACUAUGGCUGCGGAGAGAUGCCUCGUCACUUCGCUGUCAAGCUCAACAAGUACUCCUACAUGCUUCCGUAUGACGAGUUCUUCGGUGGCGUCAGUGGUCUCACGGUGGAACAGUACAGAAAGAUCAACGGCUUUCCCAAUGCAUUCUGGGGCUGGGGAGGGGAAGAUGAUGAUCUGUGGAACAGGGUGCAGUAUGCUAACUAUACUGUCAGUCGGCCGCAGGGUGAACUCGGUCGGUACAUGUCCAUCCCUCACCAUCACCGUGGAGAAGUCCAGUUUCUGGGCAGGUAUACUCUGCUGCGCCAUUCUAAGGAGAGACAGAGUCUGGAUGGCCUUAACAACCUGCACUACUCCCCCCUGGUGUCCCGGAGGCCUCUCUACACCAACGUUUCUGUCAGCCUGAGCCGACAGUUAGCCCAGAUUGUGGACUACUAACCAGGCAUUCCUCCUAGGCCACGAAGGCUGUCGACCAUGUCGCUAGUCUCAGCACUGCUUUCAACCUUACUGAUAUGCAUUUCAUUUCGUUUUUGUUGUUGUUAGGAUGCAAAAAAAAAAGGAGACACGCAGAAGUAUGUUGGUUAAUCAUAUGAGAGUAAGGGAUACGACUCGUUCAUGAUCCAUCGCUCCUCUCAUCCGGGCUUCUCCAGUCUUCUGUCUCCACCUGCCUUUCACACCAUUUUGGCCUUUGAUAUGGACACAUGCGUUCUUUAUUUCAGUCCUUCGUACAGUCAUUGUUUUUCAAUUCCAUUUUUUUAUGUUCCUCCCCCGGCUCACUGUGUCACCGUCCUGUCAAGCUUCCUGUCUGGGGCUCAUCCCAACACGAACACGUUCUCAACCCUUAGACAGGUACCCAGGACACAGUAUCUAACACAGCCACACCUAAGUACACACACACACACACACUAACACACAUGCAGUACAGUGUGCACACACACACACACACACAGGCUGACCUAGUCCUGAAACAUUUGGUUAUCUGCUUCUGCACUGAAUAUUUUCAGUUAUAUGAUAAUAUAAAUUAAGAAAGAGACAAAGGCGCACUCUCUCUCUCUCUCUCUUUCUCUCUCACCAACCACACGUGCACACACACACACCGACCUUUGCAGCUGGCCCUGUACAGGGUAUGCCAAAUCUAUUGAGUGUGCAUGAACAGUGGCAGUGCAACGAGGAAAGAUUGGAUAUAAAAUGUGUAGCUACUGUAUACUGUAUGUACAAAGUGUAGCAUGCUAGUGUGGAUACUACGUGUGCUAAUCCUUAGAUAGACGUGUACAUGUUCUGCGUCUAGGCUGUGGCAAUGUGUUUGACGCCAGCGAGACGUCGUCAGCUUUCCAAUUCCCUGCUCAGGCUGCUUUGGAAUCACUUUGUCUAACCUACCGUUUACAAGGAUCUACAUGCAUUACAACCUCUACUAGCUCUGGCCAUACUGUGUCGUGACAUACAAAAGGACAGUGGACAGGAAGGGUAGCUAUUAGAGUAGACAAGCCCUGUAUGUAAACCACACUGUAGACCCACCUUUGCCUAAACAAACAUGCUAGGCAGCUGGCCACUCAGAGCUUUCACACAUUUGUUUGUUUGUGUGUGAGCGCGCCUGUGUGUGAAUAAGGGAGGACCUAUGCAAAAGCAUACUAGUCAGCGUCCUGUUUUUCAUGCUUCUCUGGGGGGGAUGUCCCCCCCCCAACCUGAGAAAUAUUCACUGUUGACCUUGUGACAUGGACGGAAGAUGCCGCAAACCAGGGAGACAAACGGUGUUUGCGUCUCCCUAUCUACUUUCUAGCUGUAUCGUUUGCUCACCUGCAUUUCUAUAGUCAUAGAGCUGUAAGAGAUGACGAAAGCCAGUGUCUGUCUAGGAGACACUGCGUUGUGUUUACAGUAGACCAUCGGGACAGGACUUUAACGUUGUACAGCCACUGCUUAUUCACCAAAGUCAAAUGAGAGGCCAAGAGGCAGCAGAGCCGCAGCCAUUAUGCUGUUAGCACCCGGCUAAUCUAUGGCCCGUGUGUGCUGUUUGCAUGCACUGCCUUGUGGCGGUACACAAAACACUGGCUUUUGACGCGCAGGGGGUGUGUCAACUCAUGAAUCUUGUUAGUAUCGAUGGAAGGCCCUCUUCACAGCACACAGCCACCCUGAGCGCGUAUGUCCUUUUGCGUUCCUCUGUGUGUUUUACAGUGUUCAUUUGAAUGACGUUUUUAGUAGUAGUUGAAAACAAAUGAGCGAAAGCUUUAUCGACACAUUUUCCCCUCUCCUGCCUAUGGUGCAUGUCUGCCCUUUAGACAGCUUCAACUGAGCUUCUGUUAGUUCAUGUCACACAGAUCGCCUUGUCUAAACAUUGACUUGGGGGGGGGGGGGAAGUACCUGUUUAAUUGUGGUAUCUAUUAUGAUGUGAGGCUGGACCUCAUUUAUUUAUUGAAUCUUUUAUGAAUUACUUUCAGUGUUUGAUUUUGGAUGCAGGUGUGUUAGUAUAAUUAUAUCGUUGAAAACAAAUGACAGACUGUGUUAGAAGCACUGAUACUAGUUCUGGUUUCAGACUGAAAUGUUGAGAUUCAAACCUGUAUGGAAUUAUGUGUGUGUCAGGGACGGGGCUAUUCCAAAUAGCACUUUCUAUCAACGUGAUUCACUUGUUAAUCUGAUUUAAAAAGGCACUGGAGGUGGUAGAAGCCAUUUUGUAUGACGACCACAGGAAGAGAACUGCUUGAUGUCACUUCCUCUCAUUCUGCACCUCUAAUUUUUUUUUUCUUGAAACAUCAGGCAUUGUGAAACAUCAGGCAUUGUGAAACAUCAGGCAUUAGGAAACAAUGGGCAUCUUUGGGGGGUGUCACUCCUAUACAUGUUGUAACCCGUCAGUAACAAUUGAAAACAUAAGAUGUUGAUGCCCAAUAGAUGUCCAUGAUUUAUAUGUAGGUAUAUGUUGUCUUUUAAGUUAAAAAAUAAGUUAAAAAAUUGUGUUUUGCUUACAAAAGGCACAUGUUUACCUUGAAAAGCCAUUCAUUCCGAGGUGUAUAGUGUGGGGGGAGUGGGGGAGGGAGAGACAAAAGUUUUCUUCUCUAAGUGUGUUUGAGUGAAAUGGCUGGACCUGUCUGUGCCACUUGGCCUCAGUGUCUUUCACGUCAGAAGUUCGUUGUUUUCGUUAGUCCUCCAGCUCAUGUGAAAUGAACUAGCUCAAUAGGCUUCCACACUCACAAUACUGUACAUCCUGCUUGACGUCCAAUCAAUGAGUGAAGAGUGUACUGUAAUUCACAGAAACAACAGACCCUGAGAAUACUGUAUACCUGGAAGAAGUCGAAGUGAGGGCCUCAGGAUUAAUGUUGUUGUUUUGACCGACCACGAGUCAGUGACUUGACUUCCCAAAGUAGAAUCAUGGAGCGAGCUAUCUCUGACAAGAACUCGUCGUAACUAAAUAGGACUUGAUGGGUUUUAGUUGGCAACUGGUUAUCAAGCCAGGCGUCAAGUGCCUGUGCUAAACAUCAUGACAGCUAGCUGGUCAGUAGUGAUCCAUCUUAGUGACCCCAGUGCUCAGUGAGGUGUGUUGGUCACUGCCUUGUCUCCCAGGUCUGCCUCUGGGCCAGGCUUACACCCAUUCCAUUCUGUGCCAGUCUAAAUGACGGGCCCUCCACUGCACACAGUGCCCUGACAUGACUGGCAGCCUUAAACUCUUUCAUUUAUUUAAGUGAUUUUACACAGGUUUUUAUUUUUUUAUAAGCAAAUCUAUUUAAAUGGAAAAGUGUGUCUCGACUAACGUCCACUGUAAAUAUUGCCACGUGUAGUUUUUGAACGUUUUGGAAGAAACAUUAAAUAUAGCCCUGUGGAUGCUAGGUGAACAAAUGGGGGGUAUGUAAGGGUUAGGUUGAUGUCUGUUUGGAGAUGUGAGAGUUCCACUAAAGCCAGUUGGGCUCCUUGAAAGCUUUCACAUCCCUGCUUCCCCAGCUCACCCUCUCGUGAGGACGAAGGUGAGGUUCGUUCUCUCCCUUCUCUCCUGGAGCUCUGCUCCCUACUGGUCAAGCACUAGAAGCUGCCAAGAGAGACCUCCCAAACAGCAAACCCGAAAUCUCUUUUGUACUGUAGUAACAGCUGUAAGCAGGACACAGGUCCACAUUUAUCACUGUAGGAUUUAAAAAGCACUGCAUCAGCCAAUAUGUUCUUGCGCAAUACUGCUUGCCAUGCUUACGAUGGGGAAAGGCACCCAAACCCAGCUUGGCUACCAACUCCACUUCCUGCAAUCUAGAAAAAUGUUUUUGUAUGAAAGUAAAUGAUAUCAAAAAAUGAAUAAAUUCCGAACUAGAUUUAAAUUCUCUUGUCAGAUUGGAAGGAGUGACGUUCUCUUUUGAAUUUAAGCCAUUUGAAGCCACUUGUAAAACUUGAUGUGGGCCUUAUGUGUAUCCGUUUGUGUAUCGACAUUAUCUUUUGAUUAUUCAAAUUUUUAUGAUGGAGAUUUUUUUUUUACCAUAGUUGUUAUUGUAAAUACACCAAUAAAUUGAACUUCGAAAGAUG